AUGUCGAAACCGAGCGAGGAUCCCUUGGCUGCCCUAGCGGAGGCUGCAAGACAGGCGGAACAGGCAGCGAGGCAGGCAGAACAGGCUGCAAGACAGGAGCGUGUCGCUCGCAUUGCCGCCGAAGCGCAGGCACAACAAGAUGCUGCGAAUUUUCAAGAAGCACUUCGGCGAGAGAAGGCGGAAUACGCGCAGGAGGCCCAAGGCCAAACUCUCCGCCAGUAUCUCGCCCAGAUGUCCAGGGUCACCUCGCAUCUUCCGCGCCUCUUGACGUCCCAGGUGGUCACCACUAUCCCGGACGUGCCCGUGGCGUCUAGGGCCUCGGGGACAUCGAUAGCUUCUCCCACUGCACGCAAGACUUCGAGCGUGUCCAAAACGUCGAAUGCCACAUCGGGGCAGACAGAUAUUGGCGGCAAGCAUUAUCCCCUCCGGCUAUGCCCAUGGCCGGAAUUUGCGCAGCGCCACGAGGAAACCUGGGCCCGAAUCGAAGCUGCCAUCGGCCAGGAGACGCGCCUCCCAUCGCCUACAUAUAUUGCGUUUAUCGAGCAACGCCUUCUGGAUGGUUUACAAACUCCGUUCCUUAAGUCAGAGUACUACCUCACCGAAGAUAGGACGUCGCAUUUUCUCUACGAAACUCUGCUGGAUCCCGCCUCCAAAAUUGUGAAUGCAUAUCUUGCUUUGAUGGGCACUAGACAAGUAGUGCUUUUCAACCAUUUCUCUGCUGCCGUGCGAACGGGAACCCAGUCGAGUCCUGUCAGUGGCGGCACCAGCACCAGCAGCAACACGCCCAUGGAGUUCUUCAAGACACAUCCAGAUUGUGUAGUCUUGCGUUCCACAAUGGAGAUGGAUUCCCCGGCUUCGGAUGCUGCAGACGACAAAGGCGAAGACAAUAGCGAAGACGGCGGCGGCGGCGAUGACGACCUCGACCACAAUCCUGUCACUCGUUUCAUGGUGGGAGAACACAAGGCCGCCCAUCGUCUGCGGGCGGCCGCCGUCGAGCGGAUUCUCCAGGGCCCCUUACCGGAAGACUACAUGGUCAAGCUAGCCGAGAAGCGCAGGGAGUCAGUUCGCCGCCUCGCUCGACAUGCCCAUGGCCACGGCCGUGUCGGUGCUGCAACCGAAGACACGGCCUCGGCUCCAUUAAUCCCCACCGUUGAGGCUACCAAAAGCAGUGUGCCGCCCAACCAGGUUUACUUUGCUCAUGCACUGACCCAGGCCUACCACUACCUGUUAAUGUCCGGCUUGGAAUACGGCUACCUGGCCUCUGGCGAAAUGCUCACCUUUCUUCGCAUCCCCGAAGACGACUGCACAACACUCCUCUAUCAUGUAUCGCUGUUUCCCGCCUCCCGCACAGCCGAAGACGGGCCGCCGCCGGCUGCGAUCGAUCUGGAAACAGCGGACGACGCCGUAUUCCGCAAGCUGGCCAUUGCACAGCUCUGUAGCCUUUGCCUCCUUGCACACGAGGCUCGAGAUGAGCCGCGCCCUGCGCCGUGGAGAGCGAUAGCCCACCACACGGCCCCGACGUUCCCCAGAUGGGGGCGUUCCGCCGCGGGCGGGCCUCAUGCCGAAUCGCAGCCACCGUCCAUCGUAUCAGACGGCCCCUCGACGUCGUCUUCGGAGGCAUCGUCGCAGUCUGCUACGAGCUCCCUCGGCAAACGAAGGCGGCGCGACGACGAUGACGGCGACAAUGGCGAUAAUGACAGUGGUGGCGGGUCGCGUGGCAGACUGGCGGUUCGAACACACCAGCCACGCGUCCCGUCCCCGCUACAACACCACGAUUCUUCUGGUGCACACGAGGAGCUGCCAGGGGGCCAAGCCGGCGACGCACCAGGCGGCUCAAAAACGGCGGCGCAUGCUCUUUCCACGCCAUUCAUGCACCCCGACGACAACAACCAUGACAACCACGGCGCGCCCCCGACGCGGCGGAACAAGUACCGCUACUGUACACAGGCCUGUUUGCUCGGACUUGUGCGGGGCCACAAACUCGACCCAAGCUGCCCCAAUGUAUCCUUCCAUACGAACGCGGCCGCCAACUACAAUUUGGCCCACCCGCUGCAAGGGGACGUGCAUCCCAUCCCCAGAGGCCGGCAGCUGGCCGACCUCGUCCGGCUCCAGCUCGCCAGAGACGUCGGGACCGACUGCACGUGCCUAGCGGAGAUGGGCUACUACGGCGCCAUCGGGUCCUUGUUCAAAAUCACACUGACGGGCUUCGGGUACACCUUUGUCGCCAAGGGUGUCGAGGCGCACCACCGCCACCAGCUCGUCCACGAAUCACACGUCUACGGGGAGCUGAGCGAGCUGCAGGGGCGGCUGAUUCCGGUGCACCUGGGGCUGAUCAAGCUGGACAUGGAGUACCCCAUGGUGAAUUUCAAAGUCGUGACACACAUGAUGCUGCUGUCCUACGCAGGCCUCGCCCUGCACUCGCCGCAGCUGCACAAGUAUGCCGAGCGUCGUGGCCUGGACGGCGUCGUGGACUGGGAUGCGGAGGCCGUGCGGACAGAGCAGGAGCUCGCCGACGCAGGCCUCGUCGAUGAAGACGAGAACCUCAACAUGACGUGGUGCGUCGACACGCAGCGGGCGAUGCGUAUCGACUUUGACCACGCAUACGUGGAGAAGCACGAGUAA